GCGCACGGGUUGAAUCUCCGCUCCGACGAUUGUGUCCAAGCGAAACUAUUCUCUCUCUUUUUUUUUUCUUCUUCACCUCUUCAUGGGUAGAAGUAAAAACCCCACGGAGUCUUCUGUUGCAAUAAAGUGCUCACUUCAAGUUUAAGGGGCUCCGUGAAGGUAAUUUAAAUCCAAGCUUUGUUUGGCUCCGGGAUAAUCGUGCGGGAUCUGCGACUGAGACGCCUGCGGACGGAGCAACCUGAGUGGAUGGUUGUAAAUGGUGACCAGCCGUAGUGCAAAAUCUAGGAGCAUCUACAAGCUGCAGGACUUCUCCUCUGUUAACAAAUAGAGGGACAAUGUUGUGGGACAAACUGUCCUGGCUGCUGGCCCUCCUGGCCGUGUCAGCGGGCGGGAUGCCACCUUCCAAUGAUCCUCUAUCUGCUCCCAGAAUCUUCCUGUCCUUUAAAGAGUUGAAGUCUACUGGUACUGCUCAUCACUUCUCCUUCCUGCUCAACUCAACCGACUAUCGGAUACUGCGCAUGGACGAGGACCACGACCGCAUGUAUGUGGGAAGCAAAGAUUACAUUCUUUCUCUGGAUCUGCAUGACAUCAACAAGGAGCCACUCAUUAUCCACUGGCCCGUUGCAUCCCAGAGGAAGACUGAGUGCAUCUUGUCAGGGAAAGAUACAAAUGGGGAGUGUGGGAACUUCAUCCGUCUGAUUGAGCCGUGGAACCGGACCCACUUGUAUGUGUGUGGAACAGGAGCCUAUAAUCCCAUCUGCACAUACGUGGAUCGAGGCCGUAGAUCCCAGGGUUUCAGCAACCUACAGGCACUUCAGUCAGGAGGGAGAACGAGUCGAGCAGCAGACUACAGCUCUACAUCUGAGCCUUUGAGCCAUAAGGAAUACAUUUUCCGUCUGGAACCUGGCAAAGUGGACUCUGGAAAAGGGAAAUGUCCCUAUGAUCCUAAACUUAACAGCGUUUCCGCCCUGAUCCAUGGAGAGCUCUAUGCUGGAGUCUACGUGGAUUUCAUGGGAACAGACUCCGCCAUCUUCCGUACUCUGGGGAAGCAGACAGCCAUGAGGACCGAUCAGUACAACUCCAGAUGGUUAAAUGAUCCAACUUUUGUCCAUGCUCACUUGAUCCCAGACAGCGCUGAAAAGAAUGACGAUAAACUCUACUUCUUCUUCCGCGAGAAAGCCUCUGAGGUGGGCCAGAGUCCCAUGACGCAGUCCAGGAUAGGUCGGAUCUGCUUGAACGAUGACGGCGGACAUUGCUGUCUGGUCAACAAAUGGAGCACCUUUCUGAAGGCUCGUCUCAUCUGCUCUGUGCCUGGAGCCGAUGGCAUUGAGACGCACUUUGAUGAACUCAGGGAUGUGUAUAUCCAACCAACCCAAGACACGAGGAACCCAGUCAUCUAUGGAGUUUUCUCAGUUUCAGGAUCCGUGUUCAAAGGCUCAGCGGUGUGCGUCUACUCCAUGGCCGACAUCCGUAUGGUCUUCAAUGGGCCGUUUGCCCACAAAGAAGGGCCCAACUACCAGUGGGUGGCGUACACUGGGAAAAUUCCCUACCCUCGACCUGGCACUUGUCCUGGAGGUACUUUCACUCCCAACAUGAAAUCCACAAAGGAUUACCCAGACGAGGUUAUCAACUUCAUGAGAAACCACCCCACCAUGUACAACGCCGUUUACCCGGUGCACAAGCGCCCCCUGGUGGUCAGAACCAACGUGGACUACGAGUUCACCACAAUUGCGGUCGACCAAGUGAGAGCAGCUGAUGGGAGCUAUGAGGUGCUCUUCCUGGGAACAGAUCGUGGUACGGUGCAGAAAGUCAUCGUCUUGCCAAGAGACGACUUACAAACAGAGGAGCUGGUUCUGGAGGAGGUGGAGGUGUUCAAGGUUCCCACCCCAAUCACCACAAUGAAGAUUUCAUCUAAACGGCAACAGCUCUACGUUGGAUCUGUCCUGGGUGUGACCCACCUGGCUCUGCACCGCUGUGAUGUGUACGGCGAGGCCUGCGCCGACUGCUGCCUGGCCCGGGACCCGUACUGCGCCUGGGAUGGCAAGUCCUGCUCCAGAUACUCUGCCUCACAGAAAAGACGGAGCCGUCGACAGGACGUAAAGUAUGGAAACCCAAUCCGCCAGUGUAGAGGUUACAACUCGAAUGCAAAUAAGAAUACGCUGGAGACAGUUCAGUACGGAGUGGAGGGAAGCACUACCUUCUUGGAGUGCCAGGCUCGUUCUCCUCAUGUCUCUCUGAAGUGGCACCUGCAGAAGGAAAACAGCGACAGGAGGAAAGAGAUUCGCUCAGAGGGUCGCAUCCUCAAAACCGAUCAGGGCCUCCUAAUUCGCUCGCUGCAGUCCUCCGACAGCGGCAUCUACCACUGCACGUCCACUGAGAAGAACUUCAAGCACACCCUGGUGAAGCUGCAGCUAGUGGUCCUCUCCAGCCGCACAGUCAACAACGUCCUGGUGGAUACAGGCAACCCGACCCUCCCACAAAUUCAGUCCAGCGCCUGGACCCCGAGCGUUGGGCAAUACAAGGACCUGCUGACCAUCCUCAGCCAGCCCGAGAUGGGGCUGAUCAACCAGUACUGCAAGGACUACUGGCAGCACGGGGACGACGCCCUUGGGGAAGGCAAAGCUAAAAGCCUGAAGGAGCUGAAAGAGCAGAAGAAGCCUCGCAACCGCCGGCAUCACGACGACCAGACGAAUCCAGCUGAGACAUGAAGAAUUUAGGUUUUCAGCCUGUUGUGUUCAAACAGCACCAUUUGUCUACCUUCUAGUUUCUCCUCACAACCCUCCAUUUAAGGGAAAUGACUCCAUUUAACAGACCCUGCAACAGAAAGCAUCAUUUGUAUGUCACUGUUGGAAGAACAAACACAAUAUUUAUUGUAGGUUGUACAAAGUAAUUCUUUAUACCUAUCUAGAAAACAUGUUUUUGUGAAUAGAUCUGUGCAAAUAUUGUUAUAUUAUUAUUGUUAUUAUAAUUAUUAGUGUUAUUGUUUAUGACAUUGUGUUAUGUUGGGAAUAUCUGGUGUUUUUUUUGUUUUGUUUUUUUUUUAGUAGCAACUUUUACUCUGGACUUUAACUGUGUCCAGUCAAGGACUGGAGUGGAUAAGCUUCCCAUUUCUCUGCAACUAUGUCGGAUCAUCUGACUGCUGGCAGUAUGUAAAUCCAGAAUUACACCAGAAAAGCCUGGCAUUUGUUAGGUAAUCUCACCUGGACAGUCAUUGCAAAGGUGGACAUUAUUGUACUGUAAAUAAAGCAGGGAAAACGCCAUUGAUGGUGGUAGGAAUGCUGACAAACUGCAGCUGCAACAGCACAUCACAAACUCAAAGGAACAUGAAUUUUAAGCUCUUUCACAGAAGGUCGACGGACCUAAAGUGACGAUUGCAAACUGCACCGUUCAUAUUCUUCCAUGAUUAGUUGCUGCCAAGUGUUUUAUUUGUAUGUAAGCAUCACAUCUCAGUGUUGUGUUCUCUGCAUCUUGUUAUAAGCUGUUUAUCUUUGGAGGAAUGGUCCUUUAAUGAAACAGAAGUGGAAAACAGAACAUUGCCUUCUAUUCUCUCUCUGUGGAGAUGAGUUAUUCCAGCAGGCAGCUAAAUGUGAGUCUGUGAUUAAAUAUAUACAUAUAUAUAUACAUACAUAUAUACAUGUAUAUACACA